AAGAGUGAAGGCAUCCUGGUCUUAUUACUUCCAUCCUAACUGAGGUGGUUGGUAUGUGAAGGGCUUCAGCCUUCAAGGGUAACCCUUUCGGUGCCUGCAUUUUUUUCUCUGUCCUUCCUCUUCCCCACGUUCACAGAAUGGCGUUUUCGUGAAUUCUGGGGCCUGUAGGUGAAUCUAGGAGCAAAAUUCCAUCUCAGCAUGAGUGGGAUUUGAUCAUCAAUUCCAACAUUUGAAGUCAGGGUCUACUGGUUUGGAGGAGAGAACAUUUCUAACAUCUACUGAGGAACCAUGGCAGCCCCAUCUGCUCUGGCCCCCUUCUCUGUGGUAUCGCAGCCACAGAUCAUUGAGUCUACAGCCAUGAUCGAGCCACAGUGCUACUACAAUGAAUCCAUUGCCUUCUUUUAUAACCGGAGUGGAAAGUAUCUAGCCACGGAGUGGAACACAGUCAGCAAGUUGGUGAUGGGACUGGGGAUCACUGUCUGCAUCUUCAUCAUGUUGGCCAAUUUGUUGGUCAUGGUGGCGAUUUAUGUCAAUCGCCGUUUCCACUUUCCUAUUUAUUACCUAAUGGCUAAUCUGGCUGCAGCGGACUUCUUUGCAGGGUUGGCCUACUUUUACCUAAUGUUCAACACAGGGCCCAACACUCGAAGACUGACUGUCAGCACCUGGCUCCUUCGCCAGGGUCUUAUAGAUACUAGCCUAACAGCCUCAGUAGCCAACUUGCUGGCUAUAGCGAUUGAGAGACACAUUACGGUGUUUCGCAUGCAGCUGCAUACCCGGAUGAGCAAUCGGCGGGUAGUGGUGGUCAUUGUUGUCAUCUGGACUAUGGCCAUUGUGAUGGGUGCCAUUCCCAGUGUAGGUUGGAACUGUAUCUGUGACAUCACUAAUUGUUCCAACAUGGCACCGCUCUACAGCGACUCUUAUUUGGUCUUCUGGGCUAUUUUCAACCUAGUUACCUUUGUAGUGAUGGUGGUCUUGUAUGCUCAUAUAUUUGGCUACGUCCGCCAGAGGACAAUGAGAAUGUCUAGGCACAGUUCUGGACCACGAAGAAAUCGGGACACUAUGAUGAGUCUCUUGAAGACCGUGGUCAUUGUGCUUGGGGCUUUUAUCAUCUGCUGGACUCCUGGCUUAGUUCUCCUACUUCUAGAUGUGUGCUGCCCUCAGUGUAACGUCCUGGCAUAUGAGAAGUUUUUCCUGCUUCUGGCUGAGUUCAACUCGGCCAUGAACCCCAUCAUCUACUCCUACCGGGACAAGGAGAUGAGUACCACCUUCAAACAGAUCCUCUGCUGCCAACGCAAUGAGAAUGCCAACGGCCCCGCUGAUGGAUCAGACCGCUCAGCUUCUUCUCUCAACCACACCAUCUUAGCUGGAGUGCACAGCAAUGACCACUCAGUGGUUUAAGAAGAGACUGAAGAUAAGAAGCCACCCAGGGCCUCUUAAAGAUGAACAAUUUCCAGCUUCCACACAGCACCCAGAGAGGGAAGAACCAGGUGGGGAAGUGAGAUAGGGGUGAGAGGGGAAAGUCACAAACAUUCUUUUGUCUUUAAACACUAAUGGGCUACAGUAUGUGUUCCCCAAAAACCUACAGUGCACAUGAUCUGCUAGAGAGAGAGAAUUGGUCAUUUUACAAACCUCAUCCUUCUUUUUUUUAAUUUUUUUUUAUUUUCCUCUCCUCUCUGAAAGUAAAACCUUGCUUUCUUACUAUGGAAUUCAACAAUAACCCACAGAAAGUCUGUUUAGACUCCACUAAAUAGACUUCAAAAGACUAUGCUUUGUGUUGGUGCCAGUUGGAAUUGAUUCUGAUUAAUUAAGCUUAUACCUUACUUAACUGCAUUUACAUGUAGUCACUUAGGCUUUUUCUUUUCCUUUUUUAAAAAACAUUUUAUUUUAUAAACCGUCAUGUUUAUGUCCAUCAGCAUGCUUUUGAUGGACAUUUUUUCUGGGCAAAGAGAGAGAUCAUUGCAUUUAUACUGCCAUAACAACAAAAACUAUUUUUCUAAUAUAGAAAACUGGGAAACCAUGUAAAUUCCAAAUGUUCUCUUCUUUAGAAAGCAUGCAUGUAAUGAAUGUAUGCAGUUUGUUUUAAAGCUCAUUGUAAAAUUUGCUGGAAAGUAGAAGAGCCUAGUCUGUAAUUCCAAUAUUUGUUUAGAUUUUGAAAUAAACAAUGCUCUAGUCACAAGGUAUUUAACUUUCUCAUUACAGUGUGAUAUCAAGUGUAUAACGUUUACAGGGGUCCCAAGUUAAUCACAAAUAUAAUUUUGUUUGUGCUUAAAGAGAGGAGAAUCAGUAAGUUGAAGCAUAAAAAUAUUUCUCAAAAUGUAUUGGAUACCUGAGUGCUUUUUCCUCAGGAUUGCAUUACAGAGGGAUUAAAAAUUGAAAAAUUUUGUCUUUUACCCUUGUUUAAAAAGAAAUUAUUAUGCAUUCACAAUGAAUAAACAAGAGUAUCUUAUUAAAUUACCCUUUGUUUGAAACACAGUGCUUUCCGUGGCUGAAAUAAAAUUUUUUUAAGACUAAGACUAAAUGGCUGCCACAAAAAGCUAGAGCCUCCCUAUAUACAUAGAAUAAUAAUGUAUAGUAAACUGUUUUGAUUGACCUAAUAUUCAAGUUAAAAGACAUCUGUGGAGGUAGGCUUGAAGAAAUUUAAAAAAAAACUCCAAAUAUCACAAGCCACUUAGGGAUAAGCUAUGUAUCCUUUAUCAUCUGUAGGAAUAAAGGAUCUUUAAAGAACUUGGGGCCCUUGUAUUUCAAAUGAGGGUAUGUUUGUGCCUGUUUGUGUGUGUGAUUAUGUGAUGUACUAUCCCAAAACGCUCCUCAUAACAGAUUGCUUCCAUAUUGUUAGAUGUGUAUAUAAUAUGUACGCUAAGGUACACUAUUCAAUGCAGCCAUUUGGUUAAAUAGGCAAAUGAAAGAACACUAUAUCUCAAGGCUGGCGUAGAAAGGUUGGAGAAUGUAGAGUUGAGUGAAAUGCAUCCAAAAGAAUAAUUCAUGACAGGGAAGACAGGAGUUGAUGUGGAUUUUUUUUGUGAAGCAAUGCACUGAGCCAAAGUGCCCAAAGUGCUGAGAGAGGGACUGUACAGAGGCAGUUCAGAAAUUGCCUGUCACUCAAAAUGUAAAUGGGUAUCUACACCCUCGUUAAAAAUGGCUAAAAUGGAUCCUCUACUGUGAUUGGAAAGAAGUGAACUCACAGAUUUUCAGUUUUGUUCAAUUUGGAAACAAGAUGGGCUAUUUGGACUUUAAAAAUUGACUUGCUAAGCCACUAAUAAAGUUUUCUCGAUGAGUAUACAUAA